GAUCUACAUCCAAAAUGUCCUCCUUCAAAAUUUUGUAAGAAAUGACCGGAUCUUGAUUUAUUUAAUAUUUACUUACUUCCCUUGCGAUCAGGGAUGUUUCUAAGGUUCAGGAUAAAACAUUAACACCUGUAACACCUAACCAGCAUAAAAACUCGUCCAUCGAGUUUGGAAUCUUCAUGUUUAAAGUCGAAGAACAAGGUCCCAUGACCCCCAGAAAUGGCGUCUACAUCGUUCAAGGCGAGAUGUCUCUCGUCGUGGCAGCUUUACGAAGAAACACUCGAGGAGGUUCCCAUAGCCAUCAGGUAAAACGAACGAAAUAUAAAAUAAUACUCUAGGAACAAAUUUACCAAUUGAAGGCAAACAUUGCUAUGUAUUAAAAUUUCUGACAAUAUCGUGGCAUUGAGCAAGCUGAAUCGGGCUUAGGUCACUGGACGACCGGUGUAAUAAAUUUUUGCUUGUCGAUGAGAAAGUGUUCCGUAUUUUUUAUGGAGUCCAAGCCUUUACAAAAAGCUAAUAUUUAAGCAAUUUAUUUUAAUUUGCAUUUUCGGAUCUUCCGCAUUUGACCGGCGCUGUGUGCAUGGGAUAAUUUAAUAGUUAGAACUGACGUUAUUGAUAUUGUGUAUUAAAAUUAAAUUGAUCUUAGAAGAGCAUAAUGAUCUUAAAGCACCGUCAUGGAACUGUAAGUGUGAAACAUCAGGAUUGUACAUAACUUGUUAUCCUCAAAACUCAGUAAACUUUAAUAAUCAAAAAUGGGUAUGGGUAAUGUUAGGAUAUUCGGCUAAUUUUGAUUGCUUUCUGCUGAAGUGACAUGGCAUCCAGUUGGUAGUCAUUCACAUUACAUAAUUUAUUGCUUUUCAUUUAUGUGACAAUGCAGCCAUAUUGGUAGUCAAUCCGUCAUAAAAAAAAAAUAGAGCUUUCUUUGUAGCAGAGAAAUAUUAUAGUUCUUGACUGCUAACAUUAGCACUUGUGACAUCAUAUGCAUACCAGCAUAAUAGAGUUUGUAGGUAAAAUUUGUUCUCAGAUUAAACCAGAAUUUCUCUUUAUCUGCUAUGAAUAACAUAGAAAAUUUUGAAUAAAACUAGGUUGAUACCAGUGUAACCUGAGAUCAUCUCCAGUCUUCUUGUCCUGCACUCUAGCAUCAGCUUUUGAAGGGUUUCUUUCACAUCACUUUUGUUGAGAGUUGUAGAUACUUCAGGCCCUGGUUGUUGAAACAUGAGAUAAGUAUUUGGGAAACCAAUUAUUGCUUUCUCCACUAGAUAGAGAUUUAUCCAUCGGAUAGUGCUAUCCACCUUUUCAACUACUGGGACCGGGAGGAAAACUUCAACAGCUUUUGUAUCAAAACGACGGAAGAAAACACAAACAAGUGUAGUCCACAACAGCAGCAUGUUGGAUGCUAAGCACUAAAUCAGAUUAAUCUGUUGUUUCUUUAAUUUGCUUUUAGGAUGAAGAACAAGAUCCCUUGUUGCAUGGGUUUUCUCAGCUCAAAGACCAACUUGUCACUGUUUCUGGUGAGUUAUUUUAGGUAAAAUCCAUCUAAGGAUAAACCAGUAUUCAUCCUUGGUUACUAGAGGUUUAGAACCCCAGCAAGCAGCCGUCCCUAACAGGUUGAAAAAAGUUUUAAGAGAGAAUCCACAAGGAAUUGAGUAAUUUUAAUUUUCACUGGACAAAAACCUUGUACCAGAAUGAUUUAAAGAAUAUUGCAUUCGUUUGUACAUUUUUCAAGGGCUAUAGAUGUAAUUAGUUAUGUGUAAUAACACCAGAGAAAAUUUCUUAUGGAGCGCGAGAAAAUGAAUAUCAAACUUCAUAAAAUGACGUCUUACACACGAAAUUUUCAGAACUUUUCCUGUUUUUUUCACAAUUCUUGUGAAAUGUGACAUUUAAUUUUAUUCUUGCGAGCUCCCAUAAGAAAUUUUCUUUGGUGUCAUUACACAUAACUAAUUACAUCUAUAGCACGUGAAAAAUGUAUUUAAAAGAAUGCAAUAUGGUGUAAAUUAUUCUGGUACAAGGUUUUUGUCUCCUGAGAAUUAAAAUUACUUAAUUUCCUGAUGGAUUCCAUCUUAUGAGCUAAGAACAGAUUUUACCAGAACAUGUACCUAAGUGUAUUAUAAAGCAGAUCAAAUGACAACACAAUGCUGCUCUGGUAGUACCUGGUGGGCCCUGGACCUAACUUUUGCUCCCUUCAAUUUUUCUUAGUGCAUAGCCUUUCAGCAUCAAUAGAUUUAUUUUUUUUUUGUAAGUGUUAUUGAAGAAACAGAUGGUAAUGCUCUAAUAAGUCUUUAAAGAGUAACCUCUCAUUUAAAUUUGUGGCUUCUUAUAUUGGUAAAUCUCCAACAGUUUCUAAUUAUGAAGAAGUCCUGUAAUAUACUAUUGAACCCAGCAGUUAUUUGUGCACUGCACAAAUGUAGGCUGGUGGAAUAUCACUGUGUGGGUGAGUGUAGUCCUGAAUUACUGUCGUUAACAGCGACUGAUACUUCAACAGCUUGUCUAGUCGUCUUCAGAGUCAGUUUUUGAUUUGUGUAUCAUCAGUUUGUGGUACUAAAAUCUGAUUUUGACCUCAGCUGACUGAUCAAAUUAAGUAGUGAUGCUAUUGGUUGUCAUUAUUACAAAAUGUAAGACAUAACGUCUUAAGAUUGUUUCUUAUGUAAAGUGAGUCAUAAAAAAAUGUUCAACAGUCUGUUAAAAUAAGAGAGAUUUUACAAAAUAAAUCUAAGGAGCCUAUUUUCGCUGUUAACUGUCGUUAACAGCGACUGAUACUUCAACAGCUUGUCUAGUCGUCUUCAGAGUCAGUUUUUGAUUUGUGUAUCAUCAGUUUGUGGUACUAAAAUCUGAUUUUGACCUCAGCUGACUGAUCAAAUUAAGUAGUGAUGCUAUUGGUUGUCAUUAUUACAAAAUGUAAGACAUAACGUCUUAAGAUUGUUUCUUAUGUAAAGUGAGUCAUAAAAAAAUGUUCAACAGUCUGUUAAAAUAAGAGAGAUUUUACAAAAUAAAUCUAAGGAGCCUAUUUUGGAACUCACCCCUUCUCAAAUAUCAACCGAGCCCACCCAUACAGAAAUCAACCUACAGCUGUAGUCCCAAAAUCAUAAAGUGGGUACCUUGUGGAUCAGGACGUUAUUAUCAGCCUUAUGUGAAGAACAGACUUUUAACUGUCACUUCCAUGACUGUUAAGACAAAAAUAAUCUUUGUCAUGAAUAUGUGCAAUAAUGCUGCCACUUAAAGAACCAUAAACAGUCCGGAAUAUCCCUAAAUUUAAGGACAGGGCCAACUGGUCACGCGACACUUUUCAACCAAUGAGAAGGCGCGCUUUGUGUUUAUCAACAAACAAAUCAAAACAUCGCCCCAGUGAUCAAAAAUUUUCAAAACAACGGACGGAGUCGGACAGAAUUAAAGAUGAGCUUACCGUACUCGUCUAGGUUUCACAUUUAAUAUUUCAAAGAAAACAUUUCAUGUAAGAGAAUAAGAGCAUUAAUCAUUGCAAGGGAAUCAUUGGGGUGUUCGAACUGAUUCCGGACCGAUCGCAGAGGUCGUGGCUUCACUGGCAUGGCUUGCAAGAUUUUUGAUAGAAGCAACUGGUCCCGUGUAAAAAUAGCCUUAGAGAGAGAGUGAAAAUUUGUUGAGAUCGUACAAAACAGGAUUGGUACUACCUAUUAACUUCUACAGGACAAGAAUCAAAGAACCAGUCAUCAUAACAAGAAUAGAAAGUAGUUCAAAUUUAUUAAUUUUUCUUGUUUGUUUUUUUGUGUUGUUUCGUGUUGACUUCACGCAUCUGGUGCUUUCUUUGCUUGCUGUAGUACCUGCAAUGUUUUAAUUUUAUCCCAGAUAAUCAGUUCAUGUCCAAUGAGUAGCGAAAUACAGCAUUUACAAUUGAGAUUUGCCUUGUUUAUUUGAUUGUUUUUUAAUGGUGGAUGAACAUUUGGAGAAUCCAACAACAUUAAAUCUUUCCAGAUUAGUGAAUUUCAGAAACAAAGCGGUUAGUAUCUACCUUGCGCUUUAAUAUGAUCUUCAAUUUCAUCCCCGUAAAUUCGGCAAAGUGGGGCGAAAUGUUGGACGUGAAUAUCCAUAAGACUAAUAAAGUUGUUUUGGCCUUGAAAAGUAAAAAGGCAAAGGCUCGUACUAAUGCGAAAAAAGUAAUAACACGGCUUUUGUGAGAAACGCGGGAGUGGAAAACAUACGUGUUUCGGACCUCGGAAUUCAAAAAUUGUCUACCAAAAUUCUAGGUUGUCUACCAUCCCCACAUUCAACAUGAUAAAAGUUAAUCGAUAUGACAAUCGAGGAAAAUUAUCUAGAACUUCGUGAAAAUCUGUGAAUCGAAAAAAUAAUAUAUACGUGUUCACCUACCUUGAAAACCGACCAAAAUCUCUCCUAUACAUCGCGUUGUUUAAAAGAUAAAAGAAGAAAUAAGCCACAAAAUGUGCUGAAUAUAUUUCACGAGACACUUCCAAUAUGGCUUCCGAUACGCUGUCUACUUAAAAAAAUUGUGUAUGCCUCAUAAAAAGUCUUAAAAAUAUGCCUGAGAGCCUCAAAACGAUGACUGAUUCUGUCCGACUCCGUCCGUUGUUUUGAAAAUUUUUGAUCAGUGGGGCGAUGUUUUGAUUUGUUUGUUGAUAAACACAAGCGUGCCUUCUCAUUGGUUGAAAAGUGUCGCGUGACCAGUUGGCCCUGUCCUUAAAUUUAGGGAUAUUCCGGACUGAUAAAUUUUUCUACAAUUCAUGCAAUGUUUAUUUCAAUAUUUCUCACAACUGAACGUUGCGUGCAUAAUUUACAAGCAGGUGAUAAUUAAGAUAACGAAAACACACACAACACACAACAUAACUACACUGUCACACUAGUACAAAGACAGUACUUAUAUGAUAGAGAUUGUUUUGGAUUUUUGGAGAAGUUUGGGCUAAAUCCCAACUUAAAGCACAGAAAUUAAAAACUUCAAAAGUUGAUUUUAUCCUCGAGAUGUAGAGACAUGUACUGGAGACUGGAGCACUAUCUGGGAGUAUUAUUCAAAUAACGAAAUUAAGUGGAGAAUUUAUUUUUUGAUUAUCGAGUUUUGAUAGUCAGAGUUUCUAGUCUUAAUAUUUUUAUCCUUACUCCCAUUGCUUUUUGCAUCCACAUGUAUGCAGGUGGUACAGUGGUACUUAGCUUUUGUUUUGCAAUAAACUUUGAUCUCUUGAUUUAAAUAUUAAAUAAUUUAUGACUGGCUUCUUGUCACUCUGGAAUAACAUGCAAUUAUGUCCUUUCAACCAGAGGGAUUAGACUUUUAAAAAUGUUGGAUUUUGCAUGUUUAACAACCGCAAAGCUCCAAGUUCGUCCGAGUAUGUACAGUGUAUUGUCUCUCAUGAUUACAUUAUUUUAUUAUUUGGUUGAGAAGAAAUUUUCAUCGUUAUAUAGCUUAUUUACUUUAUAGUACUUAAACUGAUUUUUGGUUGCUGGUAAUCAAAUUGCUUUUGCUUUUUCUGUUGCCACAUUCAAGAAAGAAUGGAAUGCUAAAAUAACUCAUAUGAAACACCGUAGGUGAAGAAAAUGAACAAAUAGUUUUUAUAAAUCUGGCAUUGCAUACAGUGUAUAUUAGGUCUUGUGUAGUUCUGAUAAUGUCAUUACUAGAGUAGAAGACGAGACUCACACUGUUUUUCAGACAUUCAUUUUGGGUAAAAUUUCGCCACCUGCUUGUGUAUUUCUGCUUGUUCUUUUUUACCUUGGAUAAUUUUUGUUUCUUCCAGUUAAAUUAAAUGUAUUUACUCUCUCAUGGGGAAGUUUGUUGGCUGAUUUAAUAGACCUGGUAGUUCUAGAACACUGUAAACAUAAGCCCUCUUUUGUAUGGUUGUAAAAAUAAAUUUUUGUACUGUGAUUCUCUCUUAAGACAAGACAUCAUAAUCAACAACACCUGCUGUCUUUAACAUGGCUGAUAUAACUUUUACACCUUUUCUCCUGGGCUGUACAUUUAUCACUACAGCUUUAUCUAGAAAAACUCUCUUCAUAUGCAUCAAACUAUUGAAAAUUAGUUUGUUUUAAAAACAGUAUAUACUUUGGACUUGAUCAUGAUUUGCUUUUGCUGGGAACAAAUCAACAUGGUCUCCAAACCUGUCCUGUUCUGGCUUUCACGGAAAUACAUUUCGGAGAUACUGUACACGGGGGAUGUUACAUUUAUAUGUAGAUCUCAGCUUUAAGAAGAGUCUCUCUGUGUGUAAUUUUAAUUUCUUUGGUAACAGUUUGAGGUCAAAACCCUCUCAGCACUUCCAAAACUGAAAAAACAACUGCAUGAUUCAUGAUUGUAACGAUUAAAAAGGCUACUCUUGCUAACUAAACUUUCCUUGCUGUGGUGUGAAACUGACUCCUACUUUAUUCUAUUGGCAGAUUUAAGUGAAAUAGAUGUUAAUACAUUCUUGGGGCCAUUUCUUGAUGUGAUCAGAUCAGAGGAUACCACAGGACCCAUCACAGGGGUGGCACUGUCAUCUGUCAACAAGUUUCUAUCUUAUGGCCUUAUUGGUAUGUGUAGUACUAAACCAUGUUUUAGUACUAGAUCUGGUAGGGGAGGGUGAGGGGGAGCCGGGGAGGGGGUGGAAGGGAUUGAGAGGAUGUCUUGUGGCACCCAUUAUCAAUUCUGUUGAAAUCUACUCCAGGGAGAUCUAAUUGGCUGAACAAUAUAACAUACAUGUAUUAUUACAGUGAGCUGCUAGAAAUCCGCAUAAUUUUCCAAUUUUGUUUUGCACUCCACUUGUUUAGUAGUACAUGUACGUAACAUAAUAGCAAUUUUCAUGUUAUUGUGUCCUGUUAAUUUUCUUGACAGAUCCAACCUGUGAAAGUGCUGCUUCCGGCAUUGAGAAUCUUGCAGAUGCAGUUACACAUGCCAGAUUUGUUGGAACGGACCCAAGUAGUGAUGAAGUAGUGCUUAUGAAAAUUCUUCAGGUACUUUAUUGUAUGUUGAACAAAAACUGUAUUUUAAGACUUCAAGACACUAGUAACAUUUACAUACCUUUAGUUAUUAUGUCUUGAAUCUUCCGAAAUGGGGCCACAAAAAAUAGUUCUUGGUUUACUGAAGAUGGUACAUGUAGCACACAAGAUACACGUUGCAUUAGCCUGUGUCGCAGAUUUAAUUUAACCCUGUCUGCAAAGCAGUGCGUAGAUCCUUGUUCUGUUUCCCAAUGGACUCGAUGAAAUUUUGGAAAUGUGUUUGGAAUUUCCCUCAAAAUGAUCGGCAAAUAUACAAUGGCAUUUUUAACAGGCCAAUCAUUGCACACACUCUAAUCCCGGUACACAGCAGAGGGCCCAUAACAAGGAUCUAGGCACCAGCUCACAGACGGACUGUGGCAAUGACUCAUGUCACGAUACAGUGUAUUAGCUUACAUUAAGUAUCAUAUGGUUAAACUACUGUAUAAUUACAGUAUUAUUAAAAAAAGGUCUAAUUAAUUUACUUGUCUGUAUGUUCAACAGGUUCUCCGUACUCUGUUGUUGACACCUGUAGGCGCCCACAUGACAAAUGAGUCUGUUUGUGAAAUCAUGCAGUCGUGUUUUAGGAUUUGUUUUGAAACAAGACUUAGUGGUAUGUAAAGAUUUGUCAGCCAUAUUCUUGAAAAGUAAAUCGGUUUGAACUAAGACUGGUGAGUUAACAUUAAAUAAUCAACGUUGGUAAAUUCUUUUCUUCAAAGAAACAGUUUCAGAGGUUUGGCUUCUAUUUAAGUUAAUUAUAACAUUUUGUUGUUCUGUAGAACUUCUUCGCCGUUCUGCUGAACAAACCCUGAUGGAUAUGGUGCAGCUUUUAUUUUCAAGGUAUUAUAUCCCUUGCCAUGGAAAUUAAUUAUGUAUAUUAUUAGACUUGCCUGUGUAAGAAGCAAGACUUGUAAUCUGCAAGCUGUUUUUUUUUUCUUUGUAUUUAGUACACAAAAAGGGGGUUGUGGUCCCAGGCGUUCCUAGCAGAGACCGUGAAAACUGGGAAUAAGAAUCGUUGCGUGACUAAAGCCACAUGUGUUUUGCAAAGAAAGCUUAGAAAAGAUUAAAUUUAGAGCUUUUCCACAACAGGUCCACAAAUCGCUUGAAAGCAUUGAUUACUUUGGAACAAGACAAUUAAUAGUGAACACUACAGUGGUCAAAAAAAAAAGAAGAAUCUGAAUUAGCUGAACUGCGAUGGUGGGGUGUUGUAAACAUACAUUUGUGUGUAAAUGGGUCAUGUGAUGAGCAUGCGAUGAAAUUAUGUGCCAUGUCAAUCACUUUUUUGAUCUCUGGCAAUGAUCUAAUUUUUCUGGAAUCAAGGCCCUUGAGUUUUCGAGUAUUUAUACACACGUAUAGCCUGCAAUUGCAGAGGUAUUUCUGAUCGUUGCUAACACGCGUACUAAAUCAAUUCUUUAGCGAGUAAAUCCUGUUUCGUGUAGAAUUAAUCGCCUCCUCAUUUCUCGAUCUAAUCUCCAUGCAAGUGAGACUUAACGCUGCUGUAAGAGCAUUCUUGUUCAUUUUUUAAAUACCAAGCAGAUCAUCACAGUUAAAGAUGCAGCACCUGAAAAUUAAUUCAAAAAAAUCAUUUGAAGAUACAUGUAGUGGCACUUUCAGAUUCCUUUUGCAAGUGCUGAAGUAAACUAAAAAAUAAAGAAAUCAGGUUAGAGAAGGCAAUGGUAAAACAUCAAAAUAAAGGGUCUGCACUCUACCAUAAUGAAACCCCUGCAUUUAUAUAUAACAAGUGCUUAUUUUUGUCAGAAUUUAAUCAUAAAGACUGUCGAAGAAUCAUUAGGUCAUGGCCCUACUUUCUCCAAAAAGGUGAAUGCCCAAGAAAAUUCCUUGCAAGAGCUUUCGUCAUUCUUUUUGAACAGAUCAAAGCAGUAUCAAAAUGUAACUUGUGAGUCUGUUAAUGUGCCUGUUUGGUUUCAGACUCCCUCAGUUCAAAGAAGAGUUAAAAUCAGGAGUAGUUACCAACAUAAGAAAGGUAGGUUCAAAGUUGCUUAAUUAUUGUACAAGUUACAGUAGACCUGUCUCAAUACAUAAUUCACUAGAGGAUGAUCACAAAAUAGUGGAAAAAACACUACACUUAAUCUUUCUACUGUGGUCUCUCCUCUUCCUCGCAUUUUUUUCCAGUUGUCACACCUUGCUCAGAUUUUUUGCCUUUCUCAAGUAUCCUUUUUGAGUGUGAAUGGUUCAAUGGGAAGUCUACUUUCUACUGUUAUUUAUAUUAGAAAAUUAUUACAAUGGAUAAAUCACAGUGGUUAAUAUGAGAGAUUAGCUUUACACAAAAAAUGGAAUUGAGUGGAAAAUAAAGCUUGAGUGUCACUUUGUCUCCUUGGUUGUUACUGAAAAGUAUACAGCCUUUCCAUUCCAAAUUAUUAUAAUUAUUUGUUUUAGAAGGAAUUUUAUUUCAUUCUAGGUAUUCAAACGUGCUGGAGCUAUUUCAAGUGGAAAGAGGAAAAAACACUUUUCACCUAAACCAAGGAGAGCCCAUCAAGAGGAGGUUUCUGUUACCUCGGCAACAACGUCAGGUCCAACAACUACACCAGCCCCACAACCAGCCUUAGAGCCACAACCAGAGAUCAGCAAGAUUGAAGAGGAACUCAAAGCAGUGGUAGAAGAAGAAGUAAAUACAGAAACUAAAGAAAACGAAGAGAUGGUUAAUGAGGAGGAAACUGAAAAACCUGAAGUGGUACCAGAGGGGGCCGUUCCUGGUGGGGACACAGAGAAGUCUAUUGAAGAAUGUACUAAUGCCACAGAGCCCCUACCUGAGGGAGAGCCAUCAGUAGCCUCACAACUGAUGGGCAGUCAGGUUGAGGGAGAUACUUUGAGUGUUGAGGGACUGGUUAUGUCUGAAAAUGAACAGGAAGGAAGAUGUGACAAGGUUAUUGAACAGGUAUGAGUUAAGCAAAUCGUUAUUUUUGUUAUCACUGAAUCAUAGCUGCAGGUAUAGGGACAGGGUAUAAAAUGUGUGCAAAUUCUUUAUAGCCUGCAAUCAGCCCUUAGUUGUGGCUCUUUUGUGUGUCUUAACUUCCCACAGAUAAACUAUGCAUGUACAGUACAGAGAUACCAUAUUUAUUCGACUAUAAGCCAAGCGAUUUUUGCACCAAUUAAUUAAACUGGAAACUAGUGAAAUUUCUACAAGAUAGGGCGUUUGGCUUGUAGCUGAAUAUUUUUGCAAAAAAAAAUUUUCUAAUGCUGCAAAAGCUUCAGUUAAAUAUUUAUAUUCGGCUAUAAGCAGAGCAAUUAUCAACAACACAAAUUACCAGUAGUUUGCGCACGAAAAUCAUUGCUGUUGGUCAUAAACUUUUAUUCAAGUGGUGGCUCCUAAAGGAGCCGUUUUGUUUUGUUGACUUCACGAAUGAAGUUUUCAUUCAUCGUCUUCUUUGCUGUCGGUUUCAAACUCGUCCUCCAUUGCCAUUUACAACUGUAGCAUUUGUUCAAACUUCUCAGGAUGGCCAAGAAAGUGUUGCCAGCACCCUUAUGACAGAAGAGGAUAACGAUGACAGGAAAGAAAUAAUGGGUAGCACGGCAUCAUUAGAAACGGUGGAAUCAGAAGACCUGUCAGAAGUUACUGAAGGUACCCAGUCAGAGUCCAGUCUGCAACAAGAUGACUAUGUGAACCCACGUGGAGUGCGAUUCACACCCCAAGAACCUGUUAAAGAAGGUACAUAGUAAACAUUUUAACACUUUCUUUUAGAAAUUACAUGCACAUGUAUCUUCAGGAUAUCUGGUAGUCCUUAUGUUUUUGUUCACGCAUUUUUAGUUGGCCCUGGAUCUUCGAUCAUGUAACAGUUCUUUUUGAGCAUUGUUUUGUAUUGUACGUGUUACGGGUGUAUUUCUGACAUUGAAAACAAAAGAUUGGAUCUCCUGAAAAUUGUUAUGUAUUCUUUGUUUCAGCAAUAAAACAUGCAAGUAAAUGUGAUGUGCUACCACAGGCGGCCCAGACGUAGUAUGUGUUACUGAAUGAAUAUAUUAAUAUCCACAUGGACAAAUUAUUGCGAUGAGUCGUCGAAACUCCCAUGGACUAAAAUAGUCUAAAAGUCAAAAUAUAACAAAACAAAGCUAAGAUACCUUCAACUGAACGUAUCCUUGUCUUUCCUGGCCAGUUUAAGCGGCAUUUUGUUGAGUUUUGAAAUUGUAGGUACUAUCCACUAAAGAAGAAUUAAAGGCUGGCUACAAAACAAACAGACCAUCUCCACGCGCCUUCACACGAAGCGCUAUAAAUUCGAGAAUAAUCGACGAAUCUGCUCCAAAUAACCAUCGGCUAAUCUGCAGGUAACGUGUGCUCCUGCUUCUGGCUCGCUUGCUCCACAAAACCCAUGGCAACUGCACAAUAAUUGCUCACUCAUCAACAACCACUGUUGACCUUUAUGCUUCGAUAUGACCGCAAACGACCAGGUUUAAUACGCGACGUGACGCGACGUGAAUAUUCAAGCUAAGCGACCGCGUUCGCGCAACAAUGCAGCACUUGCUAUGGGAGGGAUGGUACUAUUGCUUCUAGGUCAAUCGACUGACCGAAGGUUAGCUGCGUUAGUUUUGACCAGAAAACAAAAGGCGAUUGCGGGACCGUCCGUAAGUUUUCAACAGGGCAGCCCUGGUUUUCCAGUUCGAAUUCUUCUAACGUUCGCUGUCUCAGCUGCUGUCACAUUGUUCGUCCAGCCGCUUGCAUAGGUUCUUGACUCUACCAGACUUAUUUGCUUAGAUUAACAACGUCUUACUCCAUAAUAUUUUGUCCAAACUGGUGAAGGAGGACGAGAAUUUUCCGCCCAGGAAAAAGGCAAAAUCUGGCCCCCGCUAUGCAGCUGAAUAGAAGAUACAGCUGAAGAUAUCGUAAAGUAAAAUUUAUGUGCGCGAUAUCUUUUAUUAUUAUUAUUAUUAUUAUUCUCAAAACUCAGGGGCACCCAACGAUGAUUUCCCCCUAAAGGCAUUGAAAACACAUUUAAGGCUGUCCAGAGUACUUUUGAUCAAAAAAUGCAUUCUAAACAGCACUUACGUAUAUUUAGUUAGGAGGGCUAAAAGCGAAGCUAAUGAUUUAUAGUUUGCUCAUACUAAAUAUAAAAUAUAUCGUGUAAUGCUAAGCGGAGAAGGCAACGAGACAGGGCCACCCAACGACUGUUUCCUCAAAUACUUUCAAUUGAAAACACUUCUGUAGCUAUUCAUAAAGUACUUUUAGCUCUAUAGAAAUGCAUUCUAAGUGGCGCUAUAAAAUUUGCAUCUCAGUGUUCGGCCAUUCUAGAGGAACUUGAGUCUUUUCGAAAUUACGAGGAAUUCAGAAUUAUUUUCCGAAAAUUUUAGAUGCAAUUUAACGUACUGAAGGAGAUAAUUUUUCAGAUACCUUCUUUCAUCACAUUUUUGAAUCCGAAAAUUUUAGGAUUCCAUUUUUUACUCUACGAAAAAUAGCCUAACCGGUGAGUGAAAUGUGAAAAAUUAAAAGUUGGAUGCCCUUGACCAGAACUGUGAAAAACAACAAUAGGUCUAAUUGCAGCACACUUUCUUGUACAUUUCCUUGCCGUUGAUUUGCAUGACUGCAACGUGAAACGUCCAGAAAACUUCCUGGUUUUCACUUUGUAUGGAGAAAAUGUGGUAUAUGUUCUUGUUCACUUUUUCCACUGCCGCUCAUUUUUUUAGCUCCGCUAUAAGAUUCGUAUCUGUUCGGUGCUCCUUGGGCAAAUUGGAUCUUUUAAAAAAUUACAUGGGCUUCAAUAUUAUUUUCCGAUUGAUUGACCUGGAAGCAAUAGUACCAUCCCUCCCAUAGCAAGUGCUGCAUUGUUGCUUGUGACGAACGCGUCGCUAAGCUUGAAUAUUCACGUCGCGUCACGUCGCGUAUUAAACCUGGUCGUUUUGCGGUCAUAUCGAGCGUAAAGGUCAACAGUGGUUGUUGAUGAGCGAGCAAUUAUUGUGCAGUUGCGAUGGGUUUUGUGGAGCAAGCGAGCCAGAAGCAGGAGCACAUGUUACCUGCAGAUUAGCCGAUGGUUAUUUGGAGCAGAUUCGUCGAUUAUUCUCGAAUUUAUAGCGCUUCGUGUGAAGGCGCGUGGAGAUGGUCUGUUUGUUUUGUAGCCAGCCUUUAAUUCUUCUUUAGUGGAUAGUACCUACAAUUUCAAAACUCAACAAAAUGCCGCUUAAACCGGCCAGGAAAGACAAGGAUACGUUCAGUUGAAGGUAUCUUAGCUUUGUUUUGUUAUAUUUUGACUUUUAGACUAUUUUAGUCCAUGGGAGUUUCGACGACUCAUCACAAUAAUUUGUCCAUGUGGAUAUUAAUAUAUUCAUUCAGUGACACAUACUACGUCUGGGCCGCCUGUGGUGCUACAUGUACAUUGUGUGCUUUGCUGUUUAGGCUAUCAGAGAUCUACAUGUACAAGUGUAAAAAAAAAUUAAAAAGAUGACAGACUAGAUUAGUUGCUGCUGACUAAUCUGUGUUUCUCUUCUUUCAUGGUAGGUGCUGGUCCCCUGGUCCCUUACGGACUACCUUGCAUCAGGGAGCUGUUCAGAUUUCUUAUUUCACUCAUUAACCCUCAUGACAGGUAGGUUUGUGCAUGUAGCUUGUGGCUAUACUCUCUCUGAGAGGUUUUUGGACCCUCAACUGAGUAUCAUUCUCCUGCCUGGAGAAGAAGUUGGUAGCCUGGCCAAAAGGAUUGUCUCUCUUGCCUCUUCCUCCUGCUCCACGAAGAAACCCCAGUCAGUCUUAAAUGACAGAACAAUCCUCAAUUGAUGCAGUGAUGUGAUGAUAAAGUACCUUUCUCUGUGUGUUGGAUCAGACACCUAGUUUAGAUUAGUUCCUCAAUUAGCUCCCCACAUACGCUUGUUUACUUUUUGGUUUGGACUGGAAUCUUCUAGAACAGUAAUAUUCUUUGUUUAGUUAAUUUCAACGUUGUUUCAACAACAGGGCUCUAUGGUUAUAUAUCUCCUUUACGGCAAUAAGCAUACUGCCAUUACAAAACUACACCUAAAAUGUCAGUUGCAUAUAACACAUCUAGUGGGGGCACCCAAUGACGGUUUUGUCCAAAACACAUUGAAAUGUCUUUCUACGCUGUAAAGAGUACUUUUAGAUCUCUAGAAAUACAUUCUAAAGCGGCGCUAUAGAAAUUUGUAUCUGUUUGAUCAUGCUAGGGCAACUUGAGUCUUUUCAAAAUUAAAACGGCGCCAGUAUUAUCUUCUCGGAAAUUUUAGAUGCAAGUUAAAGUUUUACGAAUCCGAAAAUUUUAGGUUUCCUUUUCCUACGAAAAAUAGCCUAACCUGGGGAGUCAAAUGCGAAAAAUCAAACUUUAGAAAAUCAUAGGGAAUAUUUAUUAGAUAAGCUUUGAAAAUUGUACAUAAAUGGAACGGUCAUCUAGAAGUAUUUAGCCUUCCUCAAGCUAUAGAAAAUUCUAGCCAGUUUUUGCUUCUCCAAACAGAUAUUUUACAGAAAACUGUCAUUGGGUGCCCCUGAUCUAGCUAAUCACAGUGAAUUCCGAGGACUUAAAUUAUUUGUUAGUUAAUUGUUUGCGGACUGAAUAAGAAGUCGCCUUAAUGGGAGUUACACUAUGGUUUCAGGCAUAAUUCAGAAGCCAUGAUCCACAUGGGCCUGUCUCUGUUAACUGUAGCUCUGGAAUCUGGUUCACAUCACAUCGGAACAUUUCCAUCACUUAUGAACUAUGUGAAGGAUGACAUGUGCAAGAAUCUUUUUUGGGUAGGUAUUCUCUGAAAAUCUGAGAUUGAAGCUAACAGUGGUCUUGGUAAAGGAAAAAGGAGGUUAAAGUAUAAAACAAUGAAAAAAAAAACAUGAACUCACUCAUUUGCAUGUAUUGAUCGGCGAGUCCUGGGUGUUUCUUGGUGUUGCAGAAACUAUUGUUGGUUAGUUAUUGCAUUGUGGUGUGGCAGUAUUUUUCAGUCCUCUGUAUUAUGUCAUUGUUAAUUGCACCUGUCUACACACCAAGAAACUACUCUCCUGCGAGAGGGAUCACUUGUGCCAUUUGUGCUAGUUUGAGGAAAAUUUUAGCAGCAGAGCCCCCAUGGUGCAAGGAAAGUCACUUUUCCUUGCACACUGGCAGAUCCUGCCACCAAAAUUUUCUGUAAACUUGUAAAAGUGAGCCUGCUUGCAGGUUAACCCCUUAAACCCUAAGAGUGAUCAGCAUCAAAUUUCUCCUUGUAAUAUCAAUGCACAGUUAAAACAGAGUGGUCAAGAGAAUUAUAGACAUGAUCACACAAGAUAAAUUUGCUUGAUUGAUCAACUACUCCCCACUACUUCUGUAGGAAAUGAAUAGGGGCAACAAAUGAGAAUUCAAAUUUCAAUCUUAGGGUUUAAAGGGCUAAGAAACUGACCGAGCCCUUAAUACAAACCAAACCCAUGAUUUAUUGCUUUUUGAACCCCAUGAGAUGUUUGUUAAUGCUGAUUAAGGAAGGAUAUGCAGAAGAAUCCCAUGUCAAGGAGUGUUUCUAAAUUUGAUGUAAUCAUCAUCCAUAAAUAAUGAAAUACAAUAAUAAGUCUGUGUUCUUGUCUGCAGCUCAUUCAAUGUGAUCUCCUUGGCUUGUUCACUAUGGCCCUCAGAGUCUGCUUCCUGCUUUUUGAAGGUCUGCGUGUUCAUCUCAAGUUUCAAAUGGAGGUUGGUAACACAUUUGGUUACUCUUGGUGUGUUUUAUAUGCAGUUACUUUUAUGAGUUAAGGGGUCAAAGUUAAUUUGGUUGCAGAUGGGAUGAUAAUUGGAAAUUCUUCAAUUACUGAGAUGCAGGUGAACAUGUUUGCUUAUCUAACACCUCAAAUCUGGAGCAGAACUCCUCGACAUUUUCAUUUUUUUUUGUCAUUUGUAGAUGUUCUUUAAGAAGCUAAUGGACAUCCUUGCAUUAGAUCUACAAAGUGUUCAUUACGAGAAAAGAGAGCUAAUCUUGGAUGCAAUUAACCAGGUAACAGUCCAUGUGCAUUACCUUGCAAAGAAAAUUUUGUGCCAGAUCAGUAGUAAAGUAAAAAAAAAAUAAUAAAAAACAGUUUGUUUCGAAAUGCUGAUUUUUUUUCUCUUUUUUUUGAUCAGGUGUGUACCAUCUUCUAGCUUAUCUAUAUAUAUAUUUUUUUCUUUACAGUUAUUCCGUGUUCCUAAUCUAGUAAUGGAGCUUUACCUCAACUAUGAUUGUGAUAUUUACAGCACUAAUGUCUUUGAGGAACUCUGCAAACUACUUUCUAAGGUGAUACACAUGUAGAUCGAGUUCAUCUUUCUUUCAGAAAAUAUUAUUGUCGGGUUUUCUUUCCACCAGGCCUGAGUGUCCAGAGUUACAUUCAAUGGAAAGUUUGGCAUAUUUUUAAAGAUGUUGCAACAGAAUUCGUUCUUUAUUUGGCCUCAUUCACUCGCACAGAGUUGACGGUGUUUUUUUUUUCAAAACCCAUAGCCUGAGAAAACAUCCUACAUUUCGCGACGCGACCAAGGUGGUUUCCCCUCUAAAGGACCUCUGAAGGUUUGCUUCACUCAAUCAAAAGCACAACCCAGGUCUGGGUAGUGACACGUCAUCAGUAUGGAAUUUCUGCGCUCGUUUCUCAGACGUCAUUUCGCGGGAAACCAGUGGUGGUGUCGCGAAAAUUUGUUCAGGCUACGAAACCCAUAACCACUUUCCAUCAUUUUCUUAGGUAGGGGGAGACAUUGAGCCAAUCCCUCGAUUCUCUUUGCAAGUGAUGGACCACUUGCAGUCGUUUGUAACUUCAUCAUUCACGGGUAGUUUGAUUUAUUUAUGCUUUCUAUUUUAGAAUGCCUUUCCGGCUGGCAGUCUAUACAGUGUGCAUAUCCUGGCACUUGAUGCGCUUCUCGCUGUGGUUCAAAGCAUUGAAGGUCACUGCCAUUCCCAGUUGUUGAACACAGUGGAAAAGGCAGUAGAGGAAAAUUUUCCUAAUGGAAUUCAAAAGAAGAAGAAGGAAAAGUCAGGUAAUUUCCGAAAAACUUUAUCUUUUGUAAAUCUGUAAAAUCUUUCCACAUUUUAAUCAAGUAACAUUAAAUAUUUCCUACACGUAAAUUGACUGGUCCGCCUACCUGCGGGCGAUUGCACUCGUGUAAACCUUAAUAAGGGAAAUAAAAUAUUGUUGUUGUUGUUGUUGUUGUUUUUGUUAAGCGGGAGACUGGUUAGGUGUUGUUUUGAAGUGCACUGUGGGACUGUUUUGAGGACGUCAUCUCUACUUUCAUUGGCUGUUACGAAGUUGGGCGGGAAACUGUGUCCGAAUUGUCCCUGAAAACAGUCCCACAGUCCCACAGUGCAAUUCGAGACAACACUCCCCCAGUCUCACGCGCAACUUCCAAAAGAUCAAUAGAGAACUUUAGAUUCUAAGACGAGAACGACUGCGAGUAUGAGAUUUUCUCAAUACUAAGUUGUGCUCGCUAGUCAUUUUGGCGGGAAAACGUGAUAGACGUCGACAUUCGCAAGAAUAUCGUACUGGCGGAAACAAUAUAUCAAAUGACUAAAUGUUAAAAGUUUUAUCAUUUUGCAAUCUGGAGAGGGCUUAACCUCCUCCGGUAAAUUUAUUUAUUUAUUACAAUCUAUGGAUUAAAAACAAAGGUUAAAGUACAGUGAAGCAUUCCUAGGUUUUUAUUUUUUGAGAAUACGCGAAAAAACUUUAAAUCAAAUCUCGUAUUCAUUGUCGUUCUUGUCCGUCCUCAGAUCUAAAGGUCUCUAAUAAAGAAAGAAAUACUGAGUAAGGUGAUUUAUCAAAGUUCCGAAUGGUUAACAAAAUGUUCACCGCGGUCGAAUGAGAGAAAUUUGCAAAAACUAAGAAAAGUUUUUCUUUAAAGCUAAGGUUGCUACUUUUCACUGCUGGAAACAUACGAUGUUACAAAUACGCUGUUAAUUUUCUAAUAUUUUUGUAAGUUUACUAAUUAAGUUAUCGUCGGCGCCAUUUGCCAGUACAAUUUUACGAGGGCGUGUAGCAUUUUCAACGAAAAGAAGCUUGCUGUUUUGAUUUUUGAUUUGAUAUUUCAGGUGAUGAUGAUUCAGGCACAGACGAAAACUGUGACUCGCCGCCUUUAACCCCACCCUCCCCACCCACGUCAGGCUUUGCCAUGGCCAAGAAGAUGACAGUAGGCGUGAUGGCGGAGGAGCUGCCGGGAAGUCAAGAGAAAGGUUUUAAGACUAACGAAACUAGUGAUAAACUGAUUCACUCGUGUAUGGGGUUACUGUUUUCUUCUCAGUUUCCAACCGCCGAUACACUGGCUACGCUCAGACAAAGAAAAAAGGUACGUUGUAGUGUAUUUUAUUGUUCUGUCGUUGUUGCUGUUUAUGUAGAAAAAAGACUGUGAAGCUAACAGGAGUUGCUACAUUGAAGCUGCAUCGUGUACCGAGGGCGUAAAAUCGUAAAAGGGCAGGUAAACCUGCCGUUGCAGCUCGUUCCAAGCGCGGGAUGACUGGUGAUGAAACACUGCGUCAAAUGCUUGAUAUUGCUUCUCAAACAAAAUGAUUUUAGAAGGAGAAACGGAAGGAUGCUAAAUUGAGCAGAUUUUUAUCUGAUUUCCAAACACCUCAUUAAACAUGAAUUUCCUUUGUAAGCAUAUUUUCUUUAUGAAUUAUUGAUGAGUUUGAGAAGAUCUAGUGGAAACCAGAUUGUCGGAGUUGGAAGCAGAAGUCGAAGGAUAAACCAAUCACACUGCACGUUCACACGCUUUGUGGUUGGUUAAGUUCUUCUGCUUCUGCUUGCGACUUCAACAACCUUGUUUUCACCUGAUCGUAAACGACGGUUUGGUAAGCGGAAUCAGAACGCUGUUUUCGCUGGAUCGUUAAGUCCUACGCUUCUGAUUAUGACCCCGACUCCGCCGCUAGUGAAAGCCAGCCUUUACAUCCGGUGGUACCGUGGGUGGAAAUUGGACGGGAAAACCGUACAACUGGUGCCAUACGCGGGCACAUUAAUUGCGCAUGUGACAUAAAAUCGCCAUAAUUAUUUGAGUUAAUUAAAUUAAAUUUUCCAGAUUCUUCAAGCUGGGACCGAACAAUUCAACAAUAAACCGAAGAAAGGAAUUGAAUUUUUGCAAGAGCAUGGUUUACUAUCCUCGCCUCUCAAUCCUGAAGAAAUGGCGAAAUUUCUGCGUGAAAACCCACGUUUGGAUAAAAAGACGAUUGGUGAUUACAUUGGGGAUAAAAAGAACUCUCGAGUAUUGGAGGCCUUUGUUAGGUAUCUUGUUUUCUUGAUAUAUAUAUUUUUUACUUUACGCGAUAAAAGGAUUGAUAAGCAAAACAACGUCUCUUAAACAGCGUAAUUAAAAAGACGUCGAGCUUAAUUACCUUUUAUAUUAAGCAUUCUGCAGAAAUCGGUCUGUUCAAAGAGCCAAUUAGAACUCACUCAGACUAACGCGGGAAAAAUGUGUGCCGAUUUGCUAGUCAGGUCGGCUCUGCGUUUGCUUUUUAGCGGUUGAAGAAGCAAUGACAGGCUUAACAUAAAGUAUACAACGCUGGGCACACUUGCUUUUGAAAAGCUUCUUUGCUAAUUGAUUUGUAAAUGUAUUCACAGAUCUUUCCAUUUCCACGAUUUGAGAAUCGACGAAGCCCUUCGUUCAUUCCUGGAAAGUUUUCGUUUGCCUGGAGAGAGUCCUGUAAUUGAGCAUAUCAUAGAGUUCUUCUCGGAGCUCCUUUACGUAAGUAAACUCAUCAGUUCAGUGAAACAUCAGACGGGUGAAAUUAGGUGUAAAUAAAGAAACGACACCUCGUUAAUUAGAUAAAGAAGUUUGAACGUAUUAAGUUUGCCGCACGAUUGAGGAAAUGGCUGAGCAAGCUGGCUACCGGGUAGGCCGGUUUUUAGGGCGAAAGGAGGAAUAUCGAGGACACGCGUGCACACAAUUAAAACUUACCAAAAAAAACUAACCGGCGCCUGCGUGAUCACGCGGGGCGUUUUUCUCCGUUGUUUCUUGCGUCAAUGGCGGGUUAAUUUAUUCAGGGUGUCAGUCAAUUCAUCGUCUAUUCCCCAAAACCAAAGCAUAAUACAGAAAACGAAAAAAGAGAACAAUAGUUCCUGACCCCGACACCGACCCUGACUCCCCGACUUUUUACAGACACACAGUUGGUUUGAUGCGCAAACGCGUAACGCGUAUAGCACAGUGCGUGCGUACGUGCGUGCUUGCAAGACCCACUUGGGAUUAGUACACGUACGUGCAUCCUUUGUCAAGACCGGGGAGAGCAAUUUUGAGCACGAAGAUUGUAAUAAAUGUUGUCUUAAACAGUUCCCAUAGUUUACUAAAAGUUACUUAACAGUUAACGAUCUAUUUGUUUGAAAUUCCUUGACCAGUUUGAAGCUAAAUUUCGUCGUUCUUUUUUUGCAGGAGGGUAACCCCGAGCCGUAUGCAAACAAAGACGCUGUUUUCACGUUAUCUUACGCUGUGAUUAUGUUGAAUGUUGAUCAACACAAUUCGAACAUUAAACAACAGAAGCCCAUGACGUGUGAGGUAAAGUGUACUUCUAGAGUUUCCUUGGCUUUCUUUGUCUGUAGUCAAUAUUCUCUCUUGUCUCAAUUUGAAAUCAUGAUCUCAGACCAACUGGUAAAACCAUUCUCCCGCCAAUCGUCGUUCGUCUUUUCUGGCUAGGGUUACAUAUAUCCAACCAGUCCUUAGACGUUUAGCAGUCUCUAGUUUUUCUUCAAAGAUAGUGGAGUGAAUGCACACCCCAAACUGAUAACCAAGUGGCGCGUUGAAACCGCGAGAAACGUAGGCGCUCUCCUUGCAGGACGUGGCCUUAUUUCUUCUCUUGCGUUUUGCUCGACAAAAAAGUGAGAGGCUACCCGUAGUGGUACUAGUUCUACGUCGUCAUUGAUAUUCUCUUAAUAGCUGUUACUAUCCAAGUGAAGCAAGCUUUAGCAUUUGUUAACCACCAUUGGUACCAAUGUUAGCCGUUUAACGUAUGUAUUUUGUUACUGUAGGACUUCAAAAGAAAUCUAAGGAAAACAAACGGCUCAAGUGACUUUAAAGCGAGCAUGCUGGAAGAAAUUUACCAUGCAAUCAGGUAAAGAAGCAAUACUACAACUGAGUAGUGUUUUUUGGAAAGCACAUCGUGUCAGUAUCCCGACUGACCCUCUAUGUUAUGAGCUACAAAGCCGCCUUCCCCCGUGUGUCUCGCGCUCAACGCCCGCUUGUUGCUUCGUUUGCUUGAAAAACGCGAACAAAAAUAGCGCCUGUUCUGCAGACUAUUAGUACAACAAUUCCCAUGCGCUCCGGUAAGAUUUUAUUUAUCUGAAAAUAUAUAGCGUUUGGUAUUAACUUUGUACGGUCAUCGUGUCCGACCACAGUUAAGAUUUCGUCCUACAUGGGCCAAUUUUAGUUGCACGAUGACCGGGUGUUAUUUGCAGCUCUGAGCAUGCGUUUUACAAUUCGCUCUGUACUUUUAACAGAACUGAAGAAAUUGUGAUGCCUGCUGAAAGAAGUGGAAAAAUCAAAGAAAAUUAUGAAUGGAAGGUGAGACAAUCAAUCGCGACAUGGCUUUUGGUUAUGGUCACUCUGAAAAGCAACGGCAAAGAAAUGGAACAAGUCGUUCACUCAUAUCGCACAUCGUGCUACCGGAGUAGUUGGCCAAGAGGAUUUGGUAAACUAAAUACCAGUCCUCUCUCCUGAAUAUUUGUUUCCUUCUUAGUGGGUCCCAGUCCUCUUUCCUUCUUAUUCAAUUCCGUUACGGUCCAAAUACCUGUUAGAAGUUCUUACAAGUGAGCGAAGCGAGCUUCAAUGCAUGAGGUCGCACAGCGACCGAGCAAGCGACGAAAUCUCGAGGUCGACUUGUUUCGCGUGAAUGGAUCUGAAUUAUAUUUUGAUUUCACGCGGGAAAAAAUAAUUCACAGAUGCUGUGUUGGGAGCAGGGUAAAAUAUCACUCACUGUUCUGUUGGGCAAUUGUCAUGACGUCACCAGUAGAAUUUUCGACCGGUGAAUUUCGCGUCAAACAGGUAUGAAAAGUCCUUUAAAAUGGUAUAACCAAACAGGACAAAAAAGGACUUUUAGAAGGUCUAAAUACCUGUUUAUACUGCACCAAAGUGUGGCGCAGAAUCUAUCCGAUAUGUGACGCUCCACUUUCGAGAUCGGUGCGGCACAGCUUCGCUCCGUUGCAAAAAUCACGCCGAAUUGUAAUCACUGUUCUUAUGUGUAAACAUAAGCUCUCUCCGGUAUGACUUUCGUGCCGGCGCAAAAGCUGUAAAAUUCCAGAUCUUACUAAGCAAUACAUGCAUUAAAUUUUCUAGGUUUUGUUGCGGCGUGCUGGUACACCUGAAGGAAAGUACAUUCAUGGAAUCGGCAGCAGCUUUGAUCAGGAUUUGUUUCUUAUCAUCUGGGGACCAACUGUGGCUGCUUUGUCAUACGUGUAUGAUAAUGGCCUGGAAAAGAGCGUGGUACAGAAAGCUAUUGUAGGAUUCAGGUGGGUGCGGUCAUUAACUGUCACAAUUCUGAAUUGAAAGUCAUAGACGGAACUGGAAGUUCCGCAACCUAAUAUUGGAAAGGCCACGGGAGUAUUAGUUUAGUUCUGUCGCUCAAGAAUUAAUAGUUACAAGUCAUUUAUCAGGCUAAUAGACAGUUGCUGCAAGUGAGGCUGGGGAAGACCAUAGUUUGCAUACAAGCAUGCAGGGUGGUUUGUAACAAACAAACUCAAAUUUAGCUCGCAUUCACUCAAAGGCUACCGUAGGCUAUUAAGCGAACUACUGAAAAACAGUCUAUUCCGAGUUCAUAUUUUCUUAAGAGGAACGAGGGGUAAAUUUAACCAAACUGAUGUAAGUAUUUUUGGUUUCAGAAAAUGUGCCCUAAUUUCAGCGCAUUACAGUCUGUCGGAUGUGUUUGAUAACCUCGUAAUCUCACUGUGUAAAUUCACCACGUUCCUGAUACCGCCAGAGGUUAGUACUUUUUCUCCUCUUUUAAGCUUACGAUUGUGAAAAAAAAAUAAACGUUCUUACAUUUUGUAAGUGAUCCACCUGUUUAACACAAUUAAAUGUAUUUUUCUCUGCAUGUUUGUUAAAAUUUUCGUCAUAUUUUAGACUGGUGAAAGUCUUCCAGUUGCAUUUGGUAAAAAUUUGAAGGCACAGCAGUCUGCAAGAACUCUGUUUGCACUGGCUCAUCGCCAUGGAGAUAUUCUCCGGGAAGGCUGGAAAAACAUCAUGGAUUGUAUGCUUCAGCUGUUUAAGGCCAAAAUGCUGCCAAAGUCUUUGGUCGAGGUGAGGAAAAACUUCCUUAGUUGAGCGGUUUUUCUCUGUGCAAUCUCAACAGAGGCUGUCAGUUCAAUGAGCCAAUCAGAAUUGGUCACGAAUACGUGCAGCAAGCAUAAAGCGCGGGAAGAAGUUUGCGCGCAAGUCAUGAUUGUUUGGGGCUUGCGAAAUUUCUGAUAAUAACAGGCGGAGAUUUUGUAGCCGAUUACAUGGCGUAUUGUACGUCUCCAUCGUUUAUCCCCCAAAUUGAAGGAUUAUGGUGCACCUCCUCUUUUCUUCGGUCCACACACUGUACAGCAUGGCUUGUUUGAGCUCACCAGAGCAUUACACUGCCCUUGCGCCUUGGAUUUGAAAUCUUAGUCUAUGUUGCCAAUACGUAGGCUCGUACGCAGCCGUUUUCGUGACCUCAAUCAACGCUCCUCCCCACAGGAGAGGAAGAGGAGUAAUCUCGUCCCGAGAUCUCUUGUUGACGAAGCCGACUUCGUCAACAAGCGAUCUGGGUAAGAGAUUAGAGGAGUAGAGGAUCGUUGUGUGACGACAUAACAGCUGCUUAGGAGAUUAACCAACACAUUUGUUUUCAAUUUCAUAGACUGAGUUGUUGCCAUGGUUUCGUUUUUAGGCUGAAGAUUUUGUUGAAGCUAGCGGAAGAAUAAGUCUUCUCCCGGAGGAGCUACCGUCUACAAGGUAAAACUUCAAAAUGAAGCAUAAUCUAACGCAGAAAAUGGUAGAGCAGCCGAUUUCACCGUUUACUUAAGAAAACGUAGCUGACUUUAUAAAUUGUACUUGAUCACAGGCAGGAAACUUCGAUAUUUUCAUGGUGGUACUUGGUAAACCCGGAGCCGGCGAGCAACAGAGGACAAACAACGGAAGAUAAGGAAGCUCAGAAACAAGCGCAUAACUGCAUUAGAGUGAGUACAACAACUGGCCAAUCACAACAGUUGGGGCAAUCUAGUGAACCAAUCAGAACGAGAAGCAAAUACGUCUAGCCGUGACUAGCGCGGGAACGUGCGCAAACAAGGCACGAGUUGGUUUGGUUUGACUUCUGAUCGGUGAGAGGUUGGCGCGAAACUUUUAGCCAAUCAUACAGCGUAGCGAUGUACAAAGCAGCAAAUAAUAUAAAACUCUUGAAACUUGAUUUUGUGAUUUGAAUCUGUUCCGAACAAACUGUUCUUCUUGUGAAAGUUAGACUGGCUUUUCGAUAGUCCACGAAGAAGGUGGUGUCGUUUGGUCGCUUUAGGUUAUUAGUGGUAAAAUAAAAACAGAUUUUUUUCCAGUGAGUUGCAAAUCGUUUUUUAACUUAUAUUUCUUUCCCACAGGAAUGCCACCCAGAACUUCUUAUCACAGAGAGCAAAUUCCUAAGACCCGAGUCGCUGAAUGAACUAAUGAAGGUUGUACUAUUUGCUUAUCAGAUCUAGGGCGUUAUAAACAGCCCUUUUAUUUAGAUGUUUCAACAUUUGGCAGUGUGAAAAGAAUAAACCUGCUUGUCGCGAAGAUCAAGUUACCCUGAUUCGCCGCCGACGGUCGCUCGCUUCUACACCCUUCAACCAGAAGCAAGCAUCUUUAGAGCCAAUCAGAAUCAGGCUACAAUUACUUUGUUCGGUUCGCUUGUUUUGUUUGUCCAAUUCGAUCUUAAACGUGCGAACUCUUUCAAACAAGUUCUUAACCCAUAAAGAUCCCAAACAAUGAAGAUCUAUUUUCUCCCAACAGUGUCAAUAUCUAUCCAAAAGAAAAGGUCACGAGAUUUUACUUUAAUUAUGAUCACCAAGCGGGGAAAUUCUUUGAUCCUUUAUCAAAUUCUCUCAACUAAUUCUGUAAGGAAAUGUGUAGAAUUUGUAUGUCGAUAUUGGGGGUUCAGUAUUAAUUGCUUUGUGUGUAAACAAAAUCACGUAACUAAGCACGUGUUUGUUCAUUUUCAUUCGUUGCUUUCCUGUUUCCUCUCUUGGACUUUUAGGGUCCGACUUCUAUUUACACAAGCACUCAUGUUACGUGUUUUACAUUUCAUUUUUUUGUUGUCCAUAGUUCAUUGGCCACAGAGUUCACUCUCUUAUGCGUAUUAAUUUGUUUGUUUGUUUGUUUUUUUGUAGGUGUUAAUUUAUAAUUCAAGCGUUGAUAACCAAGAAUCUUAUGAAGAAGAGGCUGCGGUUUUCUUUUUGGAACUGUUAAUCAGAGUUGUUUUGCAGAACAGGUAGCUCACUCACUAAACUAUCCUCAGAUUUCGCGGUGACCCAUUAUUCUUUACAACAGCUCGUGGCCGCGAUAUACGCAGCGGGGAGCCCCAAGUCAAGAAAGCUAGUUCGCAUCUUGCAGCAAGAUAAGCGAAGCUCGAUAAAGCUUUCCGACGUGCUGCCGUGGAUCCACGAAGCUGUUCAGCAAUCUUGAGCUUGAAUUUUCAAUGAGAUAUGUUCUUACCAAUGAGCAAAGAACAACAAACGUCCUAUUUCCUCUAGAUGACUAGUGGUUUCAAGUGUUUUACAAAUACUUUGGUCUUGCUGGUCUCGUGACGAUAGAAACCCGAUUUGUGUGACUAUAUUGUUGGUAUGUUUCUGUUUUUUUUUUUUCAGGGAUCGUGUUUCAGCAUUGUGGGGAACAGUGAGAGACCAUUUGUCCAAUAUUCUUGUGAAUGCAACUCAGCACAGGUAAGGAAAAAUUACAUCAUGUGCAACAAUAUAAAAUGGAGCAGUUUGGUCCAGAAGUGGAGGCAAUUGGAAGUAAUUAUAUCAUAUGUUCAAAUUUAUUGUCUUUUUUAUAGUCAUUAGCAUAUUUUACCAUAACCAGAAUUAAAAAAAACAAAGAUUUUACCACGACAUAUACAAAGUUCCAGGUUCCCCCAAUCUUUACAUACAUUGUAGACAGGUAUGCAGGUCACGUAGCUUACCUUGACAGAGCAUAAUUGCAAAAGUAGAAAAUUCAAAUCCUGGAUUCCCCUCCCUUACCCGGCAAGAAUGACCUCAAAAGGUAGAGAUUACAAAGUGUACAAUUCGAUCUAAUUUAGGCAACAACUAUUUCUCAUUUUCUUUGUAGUUCAAUCGUGGAAAGAUCAGUUGUGGGGCUACUGCGGUUGGCGAUCCGCCUUUUACACAAAGAAGAAGUCUCUAGUCAAGUUCUUUUAACUCUUCGUAUUCUUCUGUUGAUGAAACAUAAUGUCCUCCAAGCCUGUGGGAGGCAAGUUUCAUUCGGACUUCACGAACUCAUACGGACAAAUGCCUCGAGCAUAACUGCCGCGAGAGACUGGGUCACAGUGUUUACGCUUUUAGAGUGCGUCGGUGCCGCUGCUUCUCUCCCAACCGUGACUCCCGGUCCUGUUGCCAUGACAGCGGUUUCCAAGGAUACGGAUAGUGAUUCGAUCUCGGGAGAUUACGAGUUUGCCGAGGGACUUUCAAACUCGGAGAGCGAUGUUAGCUCGUUUACCAGCGUAGAGGCGGAUUCUGGGUUAGGUGGAAGUAUAUUAGGCGAUACGUGGCUGGUGAUAACUAAACAGGACUCGGAAAGUUCGCCCGCAAAUCAGUAUGAACUAACAGUUGGGGUUAAACUGAACAGACAUGAUAGUAAAUCCUUUGUUAAAUCGUGCCAGACGUUGGCGUUUUUGAUCCGUGAUAAUACACACGUUACGAAAGAGAACUUUUUGCAGUGUGUACACGCCAUCCGCGUGUUUUCAGAAGCGAGUAUUAACGGAGGUGAAGGAUACAGACAGGAUGGGUGGCAGUUUAAAGAACACGCGGCUGACUACAAGGGGAGCUGGGGACGUAACAGCAAAAAGGCAGCGUCUUCGCGGUCAAAGAAGGUCAGUCCCACGAGUUUAAAAACGCGUAAAUCCACAAGGUCUGCCACCAGCAGUCCUGCAAGUAGUGAAGACGAGGCUGAGAUCGUGGAAACCAUUAACAACACUUACGAUGCCAUGUCGUUACAACUCACCGAGCUUAUGUACACGCUGCACACAUACGGACGUGUGCUCUUUGAUCAAGCCCCGGAUGAAAGCAGCCAAUCGCAGACGAGCAGUGGUGUCGCAAGCACAGUGUGUGAUCAUGAAAUGGAAUUUCUCUGGAGCAAGUGUUGGUGCCCGCUACUGCAGGGAAUUGCGCGGUUGUGUUGUGACAUGCGCCGUGAUGUGAGGAUGUCAGCGCUGACUUACCUUCAGCGUGCUUUGCUGGUUCACGAUCUACAAGCUCUGACGGCAGUGGAAUGGGAGGCCUGUUUUAAUAAGGUAGGUUUAUCUUUCAAGUAUCACUGGACUUGAAUCUGCUUUAUAAAUCUUUGUUUAGCAUUAGUUUUUUGUUGAUUGUUUGUUAGUGUAGGUACUUGAGGGGAGAGCUUUGUCUGUUACAGGUUUUGUUUCCAAUGCUAUCUCGUCUAUUGGAAGUAAAUAACACAGGAGACCCAAUGGGUGUGGAGGAAACACGAAUGAGAGCCGCGACACUUCUUUGCAAGGUACACGUCACUAAAAUUUUACUAAUUAAAAAAAUAAUAAUUGAGUUGUAAAUAUCUUAUUACUUACUCCCCCAGGGCUUUUUUUCAGGAAUAAUUUACGACACUGGUUGGGGACUUUUUCCCGACUGCUUAUGGCGCAGUUUCCAAGUAAUGAAUGAUGUAGUAACGUGCGCUUGAAGUAUUGUCUGAUACGUAUAGUAGCAGUAGUAUGUAUUAAGUUCCCAGCAUCUUUCAGGCGGACAACCUGCUAACGUCUGUCUCUCAAGGUUUGUCGCAAAACUUGACGGAGUGUCGGUUUAUUCAACCCACUAACUUCUUGGUUUUAGGGAUUCUUGAAGAAACACUCCUUCUCGUGUUAAACAGACAGAAUAAAUCAGUAACAAUAAGGAGGCAAUACACUUGUUCAUACAAUAUACUAAAGAGACUCGUCAGUGAUACGUGCAGACUCUAACGUAGCCUCGUAUUCAUAUUUUGCGCACUCGCGUAUCGCAGACAAAGUUUUGGACGCUGUCUUUGAGUAUCCAUGUUCUGCUGUCCCCCUUCUCCCAUCGGACUCAACAAACUACCGAAAAUGCGUUUCGAAUUUUUCCUCAACCUGAUUGGCAAAUCGACAAUGGCUUUUUAACAGGUCAAACACAGGUGGAGUCCUAUGACAGGAUUUUGGCGCUGUUUCUCAGACAGACUUAACCAGAAGUUUAUUUCGUCUGUGGCGCAGCACUGUAGGUUUUACCAUUAAUAAUACAUAAACAUAGUGGUUUCCACAACAGUAACAAGUACCGAACAAUUUCACACCCUGCUUAGUGCUAAUUUGUUGGAUUAUUUUGCAGGUGUUUCUGCAGCAUUUGACUCCCCUGUUAUCACUUUCCACUUUUACCGCUCUGUGGCUCACUAUUCUGGAUUUCAUGGAUAAAUACAUGCAUGCCGAUAAAAGCGACCUUCUUGUGAGUGCUUCUUAAUAACCAUCAACCACAUAUUUUUGUUGCUUUUAAUGCGGAGAAAAGUUUGGUUAUAAUUGUUCGCACAUUGUACAGCUUCAUGAAAGUUUGGUGAAAUAAUUACAUUAGGUUUUUCAAGACAUUUGCGUCUGUUUUAGUCAAAACCAACAAUUUCGUGGAGCGAAAAACAAUCCUGCGGUGAGAAACGCGCGCAAGGCGGUCUCGGCUUCUACGAUAACCAGUUUUAGCAAAGAAGACGUGAGGGCAGUGACAGUGGCGCGCACAGAUCAAAAAACCGAUUUGAUUUCAGUCCUUUCCGUGCGCUGUUGACGCCGCGUUGUCUUUGCUACAUCUGCCUCGGCGGGGCUCGGAGGUUCUCGCGGGGGCGGAGAAAACAAUUCGUCUCCCAUCUCCACCACCUGACAUUUUGCUCGCGGACUCUUUUAGAAUUCCCUUUUCACUUACAGAGUUUCCGGAACACAAAAUUCACGAAAAAUCCCCAAGUUUCAUUUUGUAAAGCACUAGACAACAAAAACUGGCAUGUGAAAGAAAAGCCGAGGUUUCAGUUGAAUAGUCACACCUUAGCAUUUGGUUUAAAGACGCAUAGGGUAGAAUCACCCUGCACAGCAUAAUAAACGGUGCCACAGGAAAUUACUGCCCAGUAGCCUUCACUUGAAUGGCAACACUUUGAUACUCCAUCCACGUACUUGCAAGUUGGAUGUGCGUUUUGUUUCUCCAUAUUUGGGCUUGAAAGGGACAGUCUAGUUAAUUUGUUUUGUUUUGUUUUGUUUUUAGUUCGAAGCCAUCCCAGAAUCCCUCAAGAACAUGCUGCUUGUGAUGUCUACAGCCGGGAUAUUUGAUGAAGAAGAAUGCAACAUCACUGCCAAUUCCCAGUCUUCUGAAGAACGGAAAACACACAAGAGGACGGACUCCGAGAUCCACAAAUACUCCGCCCUGUGGCAAGUAACGUGGGAGAGAAUCGACUGUUUUUUACCGAAUCUACGUCAAGAGCUUUUCACGCCUCGCAGUCAGACUCCUGCAGCCAAUGUUCAAGCGAAUACAGAGCCAGAGAAAGCGGCGGUUGAGGAAACCAAGCCUGUGCAGCCAGAUUUGCCCCAGCGUCCUGUGGAAGGUAAGUUUUGUGGUGUGACUUUGAUUCAAUGUAAAUUCAGAAAUCGCGAACUCUCACUAUUAAGACAGUUAGAUUUUACCUGUUGAGAGUGAACGUAACUCUGAAAUUAGGGAUCCCUUUUAGGCUAGCAAACCCAUAAUUACGACAUUACACUUCUCGUAAGAGAUCAUCUCUGGUCAAUAUGCUGUUGGCACCACAAUAAAACACAGUAACACUCUGGGUCUGUUGCUUGAUUUAUCACCCUUCUUGCGUAUUAGUUAUCACCCGCCCUCCCUUCUCUAUCACUCACCAUUUCCUAUAAUCAGGAUCGACGGUUCUAUGAUCCCUGAUUUCCAUAUUUGGGUUAGGGUGUCACGAAACACCGCCAACAUGACUAUCGGAACUAGUUAUCUAGAGAUCCAAGUCAGUGAUCUGGCUGAGACCACUAACUUCGGUCAAACAGGGGCCAGUUGCAAUUUUUAUGUAACUGGUGCCAGAUUCUGUUCAAAUUGUUCAAUAAAGGUUUUUAAUCUGUAGGUGAAAAACUGGAAAAACCGAGCACUCCAGAACCAGAGCGAAGCUCAGCUUUAAAACAAGGAAGCAGUCUGUCAUCGCCACCAGCCGGGGGACAGCAAGUCUGUGUUGUGUUACAGCCGCCAUUACCAUCACUCUCCAACAAAAGUAGUUCACCGACACAACUUGGAUCCUUAGCUGACAAUGUACGCCCCAGCUCAGUGCCAAUUAUCCUAGCGCCCAGUCCUGCUCUUUCAUCUCUUCCACUUGCUUCACCGCAGGGAUCACGUUCCUCGACACCAACCGACCCAGGUCCCAAACAGUUGGAAAUGACUGAGGAAUGCCGUGGGGAGAACAAAUCUGAUGGCGCGCCAACAAAACCUGGGCAAUCGGUCAGUCCUGUGUCGUCACCAAAGCCCAUACCCAAGGCUUCGAUUCACGACAUUUAACAAAGAAUUCGCGCAUGUAAUUGCGUAAUUGUAAUUUAUUUAUUACAAUAUAAUAACUAAAGACAAAAUAGGCUUUUUUUUUCUUAACGGAACAAGCUUCAAAGUCUGCAUAUUUUAACUGUUUCUUUCCUUGAAUACCAAAACUGAUUAUAAUUAAAACCUUCAAUGGAGGCCAUUGAAAAAAAGGUACUGAGAAGGUAAUGAAUACUAGUAAUUCUCACAAUUUGAGUGUUCUUAGUUUGAAAUUGUCUUUUUGAAAUACAGUGAAACCUGUAUUAAGCGGACACCCUCGGGGAAUACUGUAGUGUCCGCUUAAUACAGGGUGUCCGCCUAAUACAGGUUUCAAUAGAUAACGUCAUAUGAGGUGUCAAAUGCUAUUCAAAUGAACAGUGGAAACGUUUAGAAUACUCCCAGAGACUAUGACGAUAUACGUUUGCAUGAAUUUCUUUAUCAAAGUGGACCAAUUGAUCAUAGUACCUUAAACAUAGAUUGCAACUCAAAUUUGAAGAAAUCAGAUGAGUGAAAAAAGCUCUAUACAAACAAAACGAAAUAGAAAACAAUACUGUACUGGGAAACUAAUCAAAUAAGUUCGUCAAGUCACGUUUUUUAAUGUAAAAAUCGAAAAAUUUGUGGGUGGCAAUUCGAGGCAAUCUUUCGCAUUUCCGGUGUCUGGCAUGUUGGGUGGUGGAAUUUAAUCACAAGUGUCCGUUUAAUACAGGCUGGCAACAAUAGAAAUGACCAUUUCAGGUACUUUUUAGGUGUCCGUGUCCGGUUAAUAAAGGUUUCAUUUAAAGUAAAUAAGGGAAAUAAAUUUGGGGACUUUGGCUACUAUCCGCUUAAUAGAGGGUGUCCACUUAAUACAGGUUUCACUGUAAAUUUAAUUCACGGGAAAGUUUUUCUCUUAAAACAUUUUCCGCUCAAAAUAUUGAGUACCUUUUAAUUAGUUAUAUGAAAUAUUAUUUCUGGUGGGUCGAUUCAUGAGUUAGAGAUCCCUUAAAUAUAUUAAAAUCUUGUAGUAAAAAUAACACAGGCCUUUGACAUUGUCUGGUAAAAAUUUUUCUCAGGUGUCAAUCUCAUCUAGCCAAUCAUUUCUGCUAAAUUCUGCAAUGAACCAAUCAGAUUCAAACUCAAAAUACACCCGGUGCCAAGCGCGGGAAAAUGGUGUUUUAUUAUUUUGCUGACUUAAGCUGCCGUCGAUUUCGAUGUCGUACCAUGUACCUGUACCUUCCACGUCUAAAGAAUGCAAUUUCUAUGCACCAUUUAAGGUAAAUUCUCAUGUUACAUGAUUAAAGCUACAUUGGAGAAAUGCUGUUUUCCAAGAUUACUUCCUUG